AUGGAGGCCUCGGAGCCAGUGAACCACACGCAAAUAACAAUUCUUGUUACAUUGUCGACUGUGUUAACUGGUAUUUCAACCGUCGUAGUUGUUACUCGAUCAUGGAUUCGAUUUUUCGUCCUGAAAAAAGCGGGCUUAGAUGAUUGGAUGUCUAUUGGCGCUUUGAUCUUUACUCUUGGAUAUCUCGCCACCCUUUACGUUGGGAAAGCCAAGGGGAUGGGUUCUCCUAUGGAAACUAUAUCUAUAGGAGAUAAAGAGGCACUGCUCCGAACAACAUUCGCAAUUGAGCUUCUAUACUACUCGGUUAUAACUUGCGUCAAGUCGUCAAUUGUGUUCAUGUAUCAUAGGAUUGCUGUAACAAAUAGCUUCAAAAAUUUGUGCAAAGGUACCAACAGCCUUUUGGCUAUCUUUUAUAUUGUCUGCAUCGGGGUCGUGGUUGGACAAUGUAGACCUCUUCAGAAGGCGUGGGAUCUAUCACGAUUGGUGCAGGGCAGUUGCAUAAACACUACGGCCUUCUUUUACUUUACAUCUGUUUUCGGAAUUAUCUUGGAUCUUUGGAUUCUUAUGAUUCCUAUACGACCAUUGAAACACCUACAGAUAUCGAAGCGAAGCAGACACAUACUCUACGGCGUCUUUGGCGCGGGCGGCGUCGCGACAGCUUUCUCAUGUGUUCGUCUUUAUUCAAUACACACCUAUACCUUGGCUACUGACCCCUUCCGCGACAGUAUUCUUGUUAAUGUUUGGUCCAUGGUGGAGAUCAACGUGGCGAUCUGGUGCGCAAGCGCCCCCGCGUUGAAACCCUUAUUUUCUCCUCGCCGUUUUCUCGAUAGCAGGAAGUCGACUAGCCGCAACUACCACAAUCUAACUCAUCCGGUCCAUUCUAAACAGGGCGUCGACGGAUCGACAUCGCAGUCCCUUAUCGUUCCUAUACAUAUUAGUAAUAACUAUUCAGCGUUACUAAGAGGGUCUUCACCUGGCCCGGAGGAGAUUGAGUUGGGACGGCCUCGGCAGGCCCAUGUUUGAAGUCCUCUUUUGUCAUUUUUGAGGUAAGGAGUUAUGCUGAAUUGAAGUACUUUAAUUAGGGUACUUAAAUGAAUGGAUCAGUGGCCUAACAACCAUCUUGAAUGGCCUCCGCCGGUACGAUGCUGCGCGUGUCUGUAUCUACCAGAGCUCUUAAUAUUACUCUAUAAUCAGCGUACAAUAAAAGGC